CAGGCUCGCCAAUUCAUCAGAGACAAAGCUCUGGCACUUCAUUUGAGCCACACACUCCAACAAGGAGGAUCAGCACUAAAGAUCAAUGUCUGUUGCAUAUUAAUAUCAAUAGUCUAUUAAAUUAGCAAAUUUAGCAUUUAAAACUUGAGACCAUAAUAUACUCCCUCCACUUUCCUUUGCAGGAGGUGUUAAUUUUUGCAACAUUUAAUUGCAAAGGGAGGCUCAACCCCAAUGGCAGUGCUAUCUGCUUUGCAUUGCAGUAGGCAGAAGUUUUACUGUUUGUUUAUUGUUUGCCGAUUUUGAGUUAAUGUUGUUGUAUUUUUGGAUAUUAUUUGAUGUUUAUUUUAGAAUUAUGAUUGUGAGUAUUGUGUCUUAUCUAAAUUAGGAUAGAAAGCUAUAUACAAAUAUUAUGCAAUUAGUAGCAAUUAAAACUGUUUGCGUAGUUAUCCUUGAUCAGAGAGCACAAACGAUACAGUUUCAGGUUUGAAAGAGGCAGCAGAGAGAAUUAAAGUCUUUAAAAUAUUUUAGUUCCUCAUUCUCAUAAUUUACAGUCUCUUUUGUAAAGAAAUCAACCUCCUCUAUAAUUAAUGAACAUGUAAAUAUCUCAAAUUCUUUCUAUUCUAUAGGUAUAAUAUGUUAUUCUUGUCAGUGCCCAGUGGAUGUAGAAGUUUUGGAGGCAAUGGGUAGAAUGUGGCACCUGGAGUGUUUCAGGUGCACAGUCUGUCAUGUGACCCUCCCUGAGUGUUACUAUGAGGAAGAUGGUCUUUCAUAUUGCAAGGAUGACUUCUUUAAGAGACUCUCACACAAAUGCCACCAGUGCUCUGACUAUAUAACAGGACCAACAAUGGCUGUGGGUUUCUCUAGAAUGUAUCAUCCUGAAUGCUUUCAUUGCACAGUCUGUGAGACUACACUUGGAGAGAAGGACAUAUACUGUCUACUGAACACAAAAGACAUACUCUGUAAUGACUGCAGUAUUUCUGAUUCAUGCAUUAAUGGAAUGAUAUCUCCAGUCAAGACUAACUCUGGAAGGACGGUCUACGUAUCAAUACAACAGAUCAAAGUUACUCUUCAAAGGAGAGUCCGAUUUAGACUGGAUGGUCUCCCUCCUGCAGAAGGAGAGAAGAAGAGGCUCUCCAUUAAAGACUUCACUCCUCCUCAGUUACCAAAUCCAAACCAGAAGACCAGUUAUAAGAAAAAAGUCCUCAAAAUUGAAAAGCUUCCUCGGAGUCUGAUAGGAACUCCGUUGAAAUCAGGUGAUAUUAUAAUGGAAAUUAAUGAAAUACCAAUCAUCAAUCAGAAUCAGGAAGAAAUCAAUAAUUUAAUGGAGGUCUAUGAUGACUGUCUCUAUCUGAUGAUAGAGAGAAACUCAAACCAGUCACAUGACAAAGGCUCGUCUAAUCAUUUGGUAUCUCAAAACUCAACUUCCUCUGAACUUGAUGUUACAUCAGAAAUACAUUCUGUUUCUUCUCCUGCUCAUCAUAAGCCUCCAUUAGGAGAAGCAGCUGACAGUAAUACACUGCAUGUUAACGGAUCAUUACCAGCUGUACCUGAGAACAGUCAGAGCUCUCAAACUAGUACAGGUAGUUAUAAACCAAAGCUAAGACCUUCGCUUAGUUCUUCAGGAUUAUCUAAUCCUGAUUAUGAUCUAGAUCUUACUAAAUCUCUCAAUGUUCCUAGUAACCCUGUACCAGUGUCUCAUGGUACAGCUGCUAUUCCAGUCCCAAGGCUUGUCCGAUCACGAAGAGCCCAAUCAGUUCCUGUCAUUGAUGGUAGGGCCGGCUACACCAGCUGCUUCAGACUUCAUGACCUCAUUAUCGGAGAGGUCCUGGGUCAUGGUUUUUAUGGUAACGUCAUUAAAGUGACUCAUCGAUACACAGAGCAAGUGAUGGUGAUGAAAGAGAUGAGGAAUUGCACUGAAGAAGCAAAGAAAACUUUUAGGAAAGAGGUAGCUGUGUUAAAGAGAUUGCACCAUCCAAACUUGUUGAAAUUCAUAGGAAUUUUGUAUCAAGAAGAUAAACUUCUCACAUUAAUUACUGAAUUUAUUGGUGGUGGUACAUUAAGAAAAAGAAUAAAGAAAAAGGAUGUUCCAUUUCCAUGGAAACUGAGGAUUCAAAUUGCUCUUGACAUAUCAGCUGGAAUGGAGUAUUUACAUAACAAAGGUAUCAUUCAUCGUGAUCUCACAUCAAAGAACUGCCUACUGAGAGAGAACUCAAGAGCUGUAGUAGCUGAUUUCGGGCUAGCUCGAGUAUUUUAUCCGCUUGAUUUCUCAAACGAUAAAUCAAAGAAAAGGAACAAUAGAUCUAGGAUGACUGUUGUUGGCUCUCCUUACUGGAUGGCACCAGAAAUGCUAAAAGGUCAAGACUAUGAUGAAACUGUGGACAUAUUUUCAUUUGGAAUAGUUCUUUGCGAAAUUAUUAGUCGUGUAAAAUCUGACCCAGACGAGCUGCCAAGACUAAAUUCGUUCGGUCUUGACGAGUUAAAGUUCCGAGAGAUGAGAGGAGAUUGUCCUUUGCUGUUUUAUAACUUAGCAGUUCAAUGUACUUCUCUCAACCCUGAGGAAAGGCCAUUGUUCUUGGAUAUUAGAAAAGGACUCUCACAUUACAUUAACUUAAUAGAAUCAAACUCUCCUUUACCAGACAAUUUGUAUGAUUUGCUGGAUGAUCACAAUCAACAUGAACUUGACACAGUUUAAACUAGCAAUCAACGACAGCUAUUAUUAUUAUUAUUAAUUUAUUAUCAUUAUUAUUAUUAUUAU